GGUUGAAUGUUUUAUUUCGAAUUCUAAAUACAGUACAUUCGUUGUACCUGUGUCUUCUUAAUUCAAUUGCGUUAAUCCUGGAAUUCCUAACUCGUACGACAAUUAGAAUACUAUAUUGGCGUCGUGAUGGAACCUGCAAUGGAAAAGUUGGAUAUUCAUUCAACUCCUGAAGCUAUUGAGGAUUAUUUGGAAAGGUUCGAAAUCUGGAGCAUGACCAAAGAAGAUGAUGAGGAUGUUAAUAUUGCGGCACACUUCCUCACAUCCAUUGGGAGAGAAGCGUACAGCUUAUUAAAAACUUAAGCAUAUCCAGAAAAACCUAUCUCACUCCCUUUUGCAACUCUUAAAGAGCUAUUAUUAAGUCAUGUAAAAUGCACCAGUUUUGAAUGCCGUGAAAGGGCGAAGUUUCAUAAGAUGAUUCGUCAAGAUGACCAAAAGGCUCGGGAAUUCAUCCUUGAAUUACAGAAACAAGCUGCCAAGUAUAAUUUCGGUGAUCAACUUCAUGUGCAACUGAGAGAUCGAUUAAUUGCAGGAAUUAACAUACCGAGUUUGGAAAGAGAGCUGUUAAAAAUGCCAAACUGUUCCUUUCAAGAUGCUAGGACUGCGUGUAUUAACUACGAAGCAGUGAAUGAACUUGAUAUCCAGUCGAUGAAGAUUUCUAAUACUUUGCUUAGUCGUCGUGAUGAACUACAAUCUCAGGGUCAAUCAAACUUGCGUUCAUUUAACAGUGAUUCCUAUUCUCGUGUAAAUAUGAAAGGUGUUUCAACGACGAAUUACAAAGCAAAUCACAAAGGUGAGAUGAAGUUUGGUAAAUGUUUAUGUGGAAAGUUUCAUGCUCGCAAUCCAUGUGUAUUUCGUAAUGCUGAAUGUUUUAAAUGUGGUAAGGUAGGACACAUUCAGUCAGUAUGCAAAGCUAUUGUCCAUUUUGCUUCAAGCUGUACUAAAUCUUGUAAUUUAAAUUUCAAUAAUUCGAAUGUUUCUAAUGAUCAUUUAUCUUUAUCAACGACUUCAAAAGACAGUGCAGAGUCAUAUGACAGUUCAGAGUUAGAUGAAAUCCAGAAUUCUUGUGAGACAACAGUUCCUAAUCAACCGAUUUAUCAGAAUUCUCAUGCUAUUGUACCAGGUAUGACUUUUCCUAAUGAUUCACAUAUUUCUAAUGAAAUUACUUGCAAUAUUGAGGAAAAUAUGUUAAAUGAACCUAAUCAUGAUCGGAAACCUGAUGUGGUUUGGAUAGAUGCUGGUUUUUCUAACGAUCCUACGCUCUGCAAUGACAGUCCUAAUGAAUUUCAUGAGAAUGUUUCAGAAGAAUCAAAUCCUGAUGUCAUAUCAUAUAUUACCUCUCCUCAUAAUGCAUUCGAUCCUUGUGAAAAACCUGCUCAAUGCGAAGCACGAGUACUAAGUGUUCUCGAGUUUGAUUACAUUUCGGAUGAUUUCAUAUCAACUGCUGUUUACCCUUAUCACAAAAACAGUUCUAAUGUUUACUCUAAACAAUGUGAGAAAUAUGUUUUAAAUGAAGCCACAUUAUUCAUAACCUGGGGAUAUAAAGAUCCAACAUUAUUUCGUGGGGGAGGAUAGUGUUGAAAAAUCUAUGGUCCGAAUUCUAGAUAUUAAUGAUUUCAUUACAAAACCGACAUGCUGGUUGUAUACAAUUCCAGGUGAGUCUGUUCCGAUUUCUUUUGUUAAUUCCAAUACUAAUGAGCACUUUCUAGAUACUACAAAGUUUUUAUCUUAUACAAUGUCGGACAGACUCAGGAUGAACUUAACAAGAAGACGUACAACCGAUUACAAACACUUAUACUUCUAUUUAAGCUGUGGCGGAUGUGGUGUUUGAAUGGACUAAUGAUACCUUGGUACUGGUUGAAUGUUUGAUUUCGAAUUCUAAAUACAGUACAUUCGUUGUACCUGUGUCUUCUUAAUUCAAUUGCGUUAAUCCUGGAAUUCCUAAUUCAU